GGCCGGCCUCCUAGCCACUAGCUGUUGGUCGCCUAAUAACUUGGUUCACACACCAGAGGUCCAGAGCUUGGCCAUUCUUUUGGCUCCUUACUGUCUCCAUUGCCGACAGCUAGAGCUCUCGAUCAUAUCGUUACAAGGCACUACUAUCUGCUGCAGCGGGCUCUCUCUCUCUCUCUCUCUCUCUCUCUCUCUCUCUCUCUCUCUCUCUCUCUCUCUCUCUCUCUCUCUCUCUCUCUCUCUCUCUCUCUCUCUCUCUCUCUCUCUCUCUGUCCUCUACUAGCACAUCGUCUCGAGAUCAUCUCGCACGGCGGCGUCUAUCUCCGCCGCUCGGCUGAGCUGAGGUCGUCGGAGGAGGAGCUAAGGGAGACUGUGAAAAGGAUUAGAAGGUGAAGCUAGCUAGCAGUGAGAUGAGCUGCAACGGCUGCCGCGUGCUGCGCAAGGGCUGCAGCGACGCCUGCGUGCUCCGGCCCAGCAUCGAGUGGAUCGACGGCGCGCAGCCGCAGGCCAACGCCACCGUCUUCGUCGCCAAGUUCUUCGGCCGCGCCGGCCUCGUCGCCUCCCUCGCCGCCGUCCCGCUGCACCACCGCCCAGCCCUGUUCCGGUCGCUGCUGUACGAGGCCUGCGGGCGGACCAUCAACCCGGUGAGCGGCGCCAUCGGCCUCAUGUGGACGGGCAACUGGGACCUCUGCCAGGCGGCCGCCGACGCCGUCCUCCGCGGCGAGUCCCUCCGCGCGCUCUCCGCCAUCCCCGCCGCGUUCACGGACCGCGACAUGGACGGCCUCUACGGCAGCGUCGGCGCCGCCGCGUCCUCCUCCUCGCCCGAGAACUCCUCCUCCGCGCCGUCCAGGAAGCGCGGCAGGAACAACAACAACGGCGGCCUCGCCUUCGUCAACGCCGCCGCCGCCGCCGCCGUGCCCGCCGCCGGCGCCUGCCAGAACCCGCCGGCGGGGCUGCUGCAGUCGUGCGAGCUGGACCUCUGCCUGACGCCGGCGUCGUCGCCGAUGGCGGGAUCAGGGCGUCGGGGCUGCGGCGGCGCGUCGGACGAGUACUCCGCCACGACAACGUGCGAGGACCUGCAGGCCACCGGCGACGUGGAGGCCAGGGCGCCGGCGCUGCUGAACCUCUUCCACUGACUGAUUGUGCCAUCGCCCUUCUUCUUUCUUCCUUGUACUUGUAAGAAGAUGUGUAACUUUGUAGAGACAGGGUUCACCAGGGUGUGUGGUAUUGGUAAUUAGUUGCAGGAAUCGGUCGGUGCUGGUUAAUCAAA